CGUCGGUUUCCCAAACAAUAAUGCAACUUUUCCUUUUUCCCCCAAAAUGCAAACUCUUUUUCUUUAAUAUGAUAAACAAUUAAAUUAUUUUUUAUUAAAAAAAUAAACAAACGGCUCAGAUUUUCCCCUCACCCAGCUUAUAUUCCCAGCUCUCACUCUUCUUCCCACCAGGCCACCACCUCUCUCUCUCUCUCUCAUCUCCAUUCUCACAGCCAUAUGAAAGGUAUCCAGAUAUGCACACACUCGAAUUUCUAGAGAGAGAGAGGCACUGCGAGUAGUCCUGUGUGUGUGUAAAUAUACUGAGAGAGGGAGAGAGAUGUCGCUGGGAAAGAGGGGGCGUCCGCCGAUGAAGAGGAAUUCGAGCAUGACGGAAUUCACGCUGGAUCUCAUCAACGGCGGAGGUGACGAACGCGUCUGCCCGCCGUUGAGUCCUCAUCGCAACCCGUUCAGCGGCGCGUUCGCCGCCCCCUCUCACCGCCGCAGCUCGUCGGAUUUUGUCGAAACCGCUAAUUUCCUGAGAGCCUGCUCCCUCUGCAAGCGCCGCCUCAUCUCCGGCCACGACAUCUAUAUGUAUAGAGGUGAUAGUGCUUUUUGCAGCAUAGAGUGCAGACAGCAUCAGAUGACAACAGACGAGUGGAGAGAGAAGAAGUGUUCAAUGGCGUCCAAGAAGGACAUUGCAACCGCCGCCGCCGUGAACCAUCUCCCCGCCGCCGGCGAGUCAGUUGCCGCCGGCAUGUAAUUUGGCAAAUACAGUGAUGUCUCUCUCCUUCCGCCAAUGUAGUGGCUGCAAGAUCGCAUAUUGCGUAUACAGUUGAUGUUUUUCCAUCCACGCCAGCUGGUGGUUCUCACUACAUUAAAAAAAAGUAAAAAUAUAGUACUAUAUGUAUAUGUGUUCGAUGUUGUAAUAUUAGUAUUAUAUUUACCUUAAUUGUCACAGUUUAGGAAAAGAAUAUUUUUAGCAAUUAAGUUUGAUUGUAUCGAUCUGAGAUUUCUGCUUUAUUUGAUUGGAGUUUUUAAAUU